AGCAGCUGCGUGUGGUAUCGGUUAAGCUAACGUUGGGUUUUUGGGGAUCUUACACUGUGGAUUUAACCCUCCAAUCGACUGCCGCGUAUGUUUGCAUCACGUUCGGCUGAUUUUUCGGAUUUUGGAUGUUACGCGUAGAUUUCUAAGUAAAUGUACGACAGGAUAUUAUUGCGAGACGUGAAUUUGUAAUCUGGCUCUUUAGUGUUUGACCCGGAAAUGCGAUAUACUCCGCAUUUUAUCGUAUGUUUUUAACGCAGAUACAUAAGUGGACAGUAGACGAUCCUAUCGUACGUUAUAAUAAAAGAGUUUGACGUUAUUCGACACGAUGUCAUUGUUCAACAAACCGAAGCGAAAUAUACGUCGACGUCCUUUCGAGGAUGAGGAUGAAGAUAAUGAGAACAGAAUGGAAGUUGAAGAGGCGCAGCCUGUCAAAAUUAAGACAAAGAAGAAGGAAAAGCCAAAGCAGACGCUCCUCAGUUUCGGAGAGGAGCUGGAACAAGGGGAUGACGGAGAAGUUUUUAUAGUGAAGAAAUCGUCGAGGAGCAAAAAACUGAUGAAACAGCUAGAUCACGAAAGGAGAAAAAAGAAAGGUGAAGAGAAAAUGCAAGUGGACACUGAGCAAGCGAAUAAAUCCAUUAAGCAGGAAAAAGAUUUAGAAAUAAAGACAGAUGAUCUAGUAGUUAAAAUAAAAAACACAGGACCCCUGAUUUUGAAUGGUCGAGCUGCAUUAGCAGCUGGGAAAGAUGAAUAUACAUCGGGUGAAGAAGAAGAGGAAGUUUGCAGUCACAAGUUUCGCUCAACUACAGAUAAAGCCGAGACUGUAAAGAUACUUCUUGAAAGUGGAUGUAUACCUGAUGCUGCUAUGAUUCACGCAGCGAGAAAACGUAGGCAGAAAGCGAGAGAAUUAGGAACUGAUUACAUUCCUCUUGAAGAACAAAGCGAUGACAAGGGUAAGUCAAGAUUGAUACGAGAGGAAGAUCACGAUCGUAGUGACGAUGAGGAUUCGCAAGAUCGACUUGAUAUGACCGUCAAUACGGAAGCACGUGAUAAGGAAAAAAGGAGGGAAGCGUUUCUUGCAUCUCAAGCUACGAUAAAAUGCAAGUCUUUGUAUAAGAUAGCUGACUUAAAAUUUUCAGAUAAUGAAAGCGAGCACGAAAACGAGGAGGAAGAAUGGGAAGCUCAACAAAUACGCAAGGGUGUAACCGGUGCUCAGAUUGCAGCGGCGCAACAGGAUUCGAUGUUACAACAACAGUACGCGAUAGGCAUGAAUGUUAAUCAAAUGAUCGGUCCUGGGGUACCGUUGGAAAUGGUGUUAAUGCCUGCACCACCGCCGCCACCGUCCAUUCAACCAAUAGAUCCAACAAAAAUCGAACCUGUUACACCGGAAGAAGUUGUGAAACGAAUGCGCACGAAGUUGGGCAGUUUGAAAGAGGUGCACAGGAAAUAUCUUCAGGACCAGGAAAACAUAGAGCGGGAAUUGGAGCAAAUCAGGAAAGAAUUGAUCGAGGGCGAAGUUCGCACGCCGCAUUACGCGCAGCGCUUCAGUUAUUACCAAGAGUUGCGUGGGUAUGUCACUGACUUGGUAGAGUGUCUUGAUGAGAAGCUUCCCCUGGUUAUCGAAUUGGAGAAGCGCUGGUUAGAUCUGUACGGCGAACGCACGACCGAAUUGAUGGAACGAAGACGGCAGGACACAAGGGAUCAAGCGGAAGAAAUAACGGCUGGACCAAGAGGCUAUUCGGCGAGAAAAGGACCGGAAAUGGAUGCUCACGUAAAACGAGCUACGGGAAGAGAAGGUAGAAGAGCUCGUCGCAGAAGAGCGAGAGAAUUGGCUUCGAACAUGGCGAAGCACAUCGACGGAAUGUCCAGUGACGAUGAGGUCACCGUGCAACAGAAUCUUGUGUUUCAGCAAACUAAAGAUGAAAUUGACAAUGACUCGAAGAAUGUAUUUUCCGACGUCGUAGAGGAGUAUUGUACAGUACGUGGUAUUCUUUCGAAGUUCGAAUCGUGGAGAGAAACCGACAUAGACGCGUACACGGAAGCUUACGUGUCGUUGUGUUUGCCGAAAAUACUUUCACCAAUUAUCAGAUUACAAUUACUCACGUGGAACCCGAUUAUGGAAAGCGCCGAUAUCGAAAGGACAAAGUGGUACAACACGUUGCUUUUGUAUGCUCUGGAUAGCAAAGAAACAGAGGAAUCACUUAGACGAGAUCCGGACAUCAAAUUAAUACCAUUAACGAUUGAAAAAAUUGUCAUUCCCAAAUUGACAUCUAUUAUCGAAAAAGUGUGGGAUCCGAUGUCAACGUCCCAAACGUUACGACUUGUAGGGACUAUAAGUCGACUGAUCAAGGAAUAUCCGAAUUUAAAUGACACGAGCAAACAGUUAGAGAAGUUGUUUAAUGCUAUUUUAGACAAGAUCAAAGCUGCCGUUGAGAAUGAUGUCUUUAUACCCAUUUUUCCAAAACAGUUUUGGGAUACAAAGCAUUCUUUCUUUCAAAGACAGUUCGCCAUGGCUGUUAAGUUGCUUCGCAAUUUAUUAAGUUGGCAAGGCCUUCUCGGAGACAUGCAGUUGAAAAACUUGGCGUUGGGUUCGCUUUUGAAUCGUUAUUUAUUGGCGGGAUUGCGAGUUUCUUGUCCAACCGACGCUUUAUUCAAAGCAAACAUGAUCGUGAGCACACUACCAAGAGCGUGGUUACAAGGUGAAACUAUAGAACACCUCAAAAUGUUCGGCGCCCUUAUUCAGCAACUAAGCAAACAGUUGGAUCAAGCAAAUCCUGCGCACAAUGAAGCAUGGGAAUACUCCAAGUCCAUCCUGAAAAUAAUCAAGCCAACGUAAAAUAUGUUUGAUUACUUACAUGUGUAUAAGUUAUUACUUUACCACAACUUGUUGCUUUUAGAAAAUAUGUAAGUUUGUUUGAUAGUUUUAUACACACAAUAUAAUAUAAAAAACAUGUGUAUAUGAUGUAAUACAGUAAAGUGUCACUACAGAUGUAUAAUAAAUGCAGAAAUGCAAGUUUGUACAGUAAUAAACACA